AUGGCGAGCAAUCGCGGUCCUCAGCACGGUCUGGACUGGCGGCCAGCUGCCCAGUGGGAUGACGAACCCCGUGCUGAGGCAAGAUGGGACAAGAGGCCAUCGAAAUCUGCGAUUGAAAAAUUGUGCCGAAGCGUCCUUGCCAUCCCAGCACACGGAACCUGCAAGGUAUCAUACUUCGACGACUUCAGAUACAAUGAACUGUACUUUGUACGCACCAGCGCCACCGUUGCGAGCCCUACCCCUACCGAGAGCACCAUCGCAGAAUCGAUCGACACUGCCAGUUCCACUUCCACUUCACCCGCCACUUCUAUUGGCACUUCCAUUGCGACUAUCGACGGCCAUGCGCAGGAGGACAACGAAAGAGGCAGAGACGAGGACCUGCCCAACUACGACAAUGAAGGCUUCCAAGAGGGCGACCUCGUCAUCAGCGUCUCGCUCCCCGUCUAUCCCAGGCUCAAGGUCCGAGGCGAAGUCGCUACCAUGCGCUACUUGGCCGCCCAUGCGCCGAACAUCCCCGUUCCGGAAGUAUUGGCGUGGGACGACACAAACAACAACGAGAUCGGCUUCGAAUGGAUCCUGAUGAAGCGGAUGCGAGGAAUCCCAGCGUGGCGAAUAUGGCGCAAGCUGCCGUGGCAUAGCAAGGUUGCCUUUGCGGAGAUGCUUGCAGGGUACCAAGCACAACUCAUCCGACUGAGCAGCGGCUUCAAGAGGAUUGGAACGAUGGACACCAUUCUUGAAGUUGGAGAGGGCCAGGGCGAGCCUGCUAGAGGAGGGGUGGCUGUGACACCGAAGCUAGGCCCACUGGUCUCCAGUGCGUUCUUCCUCAACGAUGAACUCGAUCACGGUGCUGCUCGUGGCCCCUUUCGCAACAGUCGCGAAUGGAUUGAGGCGGAGUUCCAGAUCAUCGCCUACGAGCAGACAGUCGGUAUAAGUGACUGGGCGAGCCAGGAACAGCUAGACAAAGGCAUGGAAACUGCCGAGAGAAUGCGAGUCCUGAUAUCCAAACUGUUUCCGGUCGAAGAUGGGCAGGCUGAUGAUCGCGCAGAGUCGACCUUCCUACAUCACGACGACCUUGAUCUAUAUAACAUCCUCAUCGACGAAGACGGCCGAAUCACGGGCAUACUGGACUGGCAGUGUGUCUCCGCCGUGCCGCUCUGGGCCACGUUAUGCAUGCCAACAUUCCUGCGGGUAAGAGACUACAUGCCGUAUGAGGAGCCCCAGCGGGACAAAUAUCCCGACGAGUCUGACGACGAGCGUCGGAGACUUCGUUCAACGAGAGAGCUCGACAGCGAGGGCAAAUGCUUCUCUUACUGGUACGAGAGGAUGGGAUACGACGUGACGCAACUCAGUGAAGUCUAUUAA